CAGAUGCAGUAAGAUAAGAUCUUUAAACCCGCCAAGCCCCGCUUGUCCGGAUACCUACCUAUGUAUUACUGGCACCUACGGGUUUACCAUUUACAACCUGUUGCUUAAUUUCUUAUUUCAUUCAUUUCUAGUACGUAAAUUCUAUCAUUUAAUUUCAAGAUGUGGUGGGACAAAGGCCCAGAUAAAAAACCCGAAGCCUCGAAAGACAAGCCCUCGGGAACACCCGACGCAACCAAGAUCGACCCGAGUCGCGAUGCCACCCAGUUCGACCCCGACAAACUUCCUGCCCGGCGCGAACUGCCCAAGACUUUACAGAGUAUCGUGGACAAGUCGGACAGAGAUGAGAACUUCUUCGAUGAACUGGUAGACGGGUACGCUGCCGACUCUACCGAAUCCAAUGUCCGAUAUGCCGCCUACGCCAACAGGUUGCGCACGAUUAUGCUCUCGGCCCACCGAUAUGUGGCAUACACCUCAGACAUAGGAGAGUCAUUCAGGCCUGUCGCGCAUCCAUGGAUAGUACGGGGUGCAUACGGUGUUUCGUGGGCCUAUAUUCUCGGCGAUCUGUCGUACGAAGGCUACAAGGCGUACUGGAGCAACCAGAGAAUCCUAAACCCGCAAAUAGUCCUAUCGGAAAAGCAACAGAAACUUACCGGGCUAUCGACGGUCGCGCCCCCAAAUGCCGAGCCCGGCGUUGUGUCUCCCCUGGAAGACUACAGAACGGUGAUGGUACAGCGAGGUAUCUUCCAGAGUCUUGCCUCGAUGGGACUUCCCGCCUUCACGAUCCACAGCGUAGUCAAAUACUCCGGAAAGGCCAUGAAGGACGUCAAGAACAAGACGCUGAGAGUGUGGGGUCCCAUAGGGCUUGGCCUUUCCGUCGUUCCGUUCCUACCGAUGCUAUUUGACGAACCCGUUGAAAACGCAGUGGAGUGGAUGUUCCACACGGGCUUCGCGCUAUACGGAGGCAAGGAAUACAUCGGCAACUCUCCGUCUACAGGGCGAGAAGCAGCUUUGAAACAGAGACCUGGAACGCAAGCCAAGGAGAAGGAAUUGUAAAAUUAUUAAAACAGGAGACGUAUAAAGGAAUGCUUUAGAUUUUAUCGUGGUGUGGAGAGACAUGGACCACCUCCCCUUUUAAUCAAGAGUCGCACACCUCACCUCGCUACAAAGCGCACGGUGUAUUAAAUCAAAAGAAAAAGAAGAAAAAAAGUGAAGUAUUUAUGGUCUGAACCG